AUAAGAUGACGUUACAAGUUGAUGUCCGAUAUUUUCCAAUUAAAAUAGGGUUAGAAAAAUAAUAGUGUGUUUCAAAUAAAACCACUAAAAAUAUUAAAAACAUAAUAAUAAUAUUUUUCCAAAUAUGAAGCUUUCAUCAGUUUGUUUUAGACGGACUCAAAUAUACAUAAAUCCGUUCAGCAACUUAAUAAACCGUAGAUUAAGUUCUAGUGUUACCGAAGAAAAAAUAGAAAUACCUAACAGAAUCCAUAGAGGACCAACAGAUAUAUUGAGAGCUCUAGAAAGUACAAUCAAUAGAGAUCCUACAGCUGCACACUACAAAUAUCACGAUGACCCUUAUUUAAUUCCUAUGUCUAAUGUUGCUAAAAGAACUUAUGCAAUGGCACAAGAAGCAGGUCGUAAAGCAGCUCAUUGGAUAAGAAAAGAACACACCGAUCUUUUUAACCACAGAGAAAUGGAUCCCAUCAUACCAUCUUUUUUACCAAAAUUAGUUUAUACUGAAGAUACACCAGUAUCAGAGGAAGAAUUAAAGAAAGUAAUUGAUAACGUACAAGUGUUAGAUGCUCAGUUUAUUUAUCAGUUAUUAAAAAAACGAGAAAUAGAAGUUUCCAGUGGAACACAGCAAGCAUUGUUAGAAUUAAUUUGCUAUUAUAAUUGUGAGGAUACUUUGCCAUCAGAAUUUGUCGAGGAGAGGUGGUUUAGACAGAGUUCCAGUCUAAAAGAAAGACAAAGAAAAACAUGGAAAGACGGUAGUUUUGCCGAAGAACUUUUUCAAAGUAUAAAAACUCCAACUGCAGAAACUUAUUCAGCAAUAAUACAAGGAAUGUGUAAAUAUUUUCAAGCCGAUAGAGCUUGGAAAUUAUUCGAGGAAGCUCAAAAGAAAGGAUUCGUUCUCACAACAAACACCUACAACUCCCUUAUUAAAAUUUCAAAUUUUCUUAAAGAGAGUUCAGAAAUGAGAUGGACGUUUAUAAUAAAUCUCUUGAGUGAUAUGAAUACAGCAAAAGUUAAACCGAAUUUAGGAACAUUAAACGCCGUUUUACAUUCUCUUAGUACCAUGGGUAAAAGUAAUAAUGUUAAAGAAUACGUAUUGCAAGUUUUAUCAGAGUUUAAGAAAUUAGGAAUCGAACCGUCACUAGGAUCUUGGUAUUACGUACUUAUUACAUUUUGCAAAGACAGAGGUCCAAUUAGUACUAUUUUACACGAUAUAAUAGUACAAGUAGAAAAUAAAAAUCAUGAAAUUCGCGAUAUUUCUGAUACCAAUUUUUUUGUAACAGCCAUGGAUGUAUGUAAGAAUCACUUAAAAGAUGUCGAUUUAGCUAUAAGAGUUGAUAAACUAUUGCAUUUUGAUUCUAAUUAUGAUUUGAUUGGUGAUUCAUAUAAAGAAUCAAUUUACUAUCGUCAUUUUUGUUUGCUCAUGGUCACUAGCGUUCCUCUAGAAGAAUUUAUGACAAACACUUAUAAUAUUUUGGUACCUAAUAUUUAUGUACCGGAACCUGGAGUGAUGGGUGAAAUUCUCAAACAAGUCGAUUUAAAUGGAGCAAUUGAGUAUGUACCUAAAUUAUGGUCAGACAUGGUUUGUUUUGAUCAUACUGACAGAGAUAAUUUAGUUGAUUGUAUUUUAAAUAUCAUGGUUGAUAACCAACCCGAUGCUGAAUCAAAUUUAAAUGAAAAUUUUGCUAAUAUCGCUUGGGAUAUUUAUGAGAGAGUUGAAAAUCAAAAUGUUCUUAAGAUUAACAAAAUUGUUAUAACUGGUAGCCUCCUUGGAAGGAUAAUGCUUUUAGUAUUGAGAAAUGGAGAUUUCCAAAAAGCUUGUACUAUUAUGGAUAAAAUCGAUAGAGGACAUCAAACUGUAGUGGGUGUUCCACAAAUAGAAGCCCUUGAAAGUUUCGUUGAUUAUUGUAUCAAAAAUAAAGCUCCUACUAGAGCGAUAGCAUGUAUUCAAUACUGUUCAGACAGUGGUUUUUCACAAGCGGGGCAAUUGGCAGCCAAAUUAAACGAUCAAUUGAAUUUAGAUGAGACACAAUUGAAUAGUUUAUCAAAAAUUGUUGGUGAUAUUGAAUUGAGCGCUAAAGCUGCAGAUCAAAGUUAAAAAGAUUAUUUCAACUGUUGAACUCUGUAUAUAUUAUAGGAAAAAAAUAAAAAAAAUUUUUAUUUU